CGUGGGAAUGAAUCAAUAAAAUAUCUAAAUGAAAGCUUAAAAUUAAAUGAAACACAACAUGGGGUCACCUCUAUAUAUUCAACUUGUGCCAUAUGGAAUACUCUUGGUGUUGUCUAUGAUGGAAAAGGUCAGCAUGAAAAAGUCAUUAAAUACUACAAGCAGAGUCUAAUUAUAAAUAAACUGAUAUUCGGAGAGCUUCCAACUGAAAGUAUAUCAUCUUUGUUGGGGAACAUUGGUACUGCAUAUGACAGCAAAGGGCAUUAUGAUGAGGCUAUUAAGUACCAUGAGCAGAGUCUGAGUAUGA